UACACGAGGCAACUCCGAUAUAUUUUCAUGGACCAAUUCAUAAGGCCCAUUAAUUUCAAUAUCUUCCUCAUCCGCAAGACAACUUCUUACGUUCUAGAUUUUUCCUCUAUUUCAUCCUAGAAUCUCGGUGGUCUACAGUGAGUUGAUAAUGCUUUGAAUUGUAAGGUUUUACUUUGAAGAAGAAAAAGAAGAAAGAAAAGUUAGACAACAAAUUUAACCCUAAUAUUAGGGUUAUAAUUUUGAUUGUUUUAAGAGAAUGACCGAUACGAAGUUCCUGCAAGAGAUAUUGCUGUACGCAGCUAGGGCGGCACUGAGUUACUGGGUAUUGGUCACAGGACUCCGUUACCUUGACCCUAACCGUGAAUCAACCAAGAAAGCGCUUGAACAAAAGAAACAGAUUGCCAAGCGUCUAGGUCGCCCCCUCAUUCAAACCAAUCCCUACGAGGAUGUAAUAGCCUGUGAUGUUAUAAACCCUGACCAUAUUGAUGUGGAGUUUGACUCCAUUGGGGGACUGGAAACUAUUAAACAAGCUUUGUUUGAGCUUGUUAUUCUGCCGUUGAAACGGCCCGACUUGUUUUCGCAUGGCAAGCUCCUUGGACCACAAAAGGGGGUUUUGUUGUAUGGACCUCCUGGCACUGGGAAAACCAUGCUUGCCAAAGCUAUUGCCAAGGAGUCUGGAGCAGUGUUCAUUAAUGUGAAGAUAUCUAACCUCAUGAGCAAAUGGUUUGGGGAUGCGCAAAAGCUUGGUAAGUGUGUGCUAUCUUUAUGAAUAGUUCUAUAAUUCACCGUUAAAUUAUCUUGUACUAUAUUUGAUGAUAGAUUGAAUUUUUGUUUAUUGACUUUAUUCACAUGGUUGUUAUGAUUCUCUUGGUUCAGUAAAUUUAUAAGUCUUCUAUUUUUCACAAAAUUCUUGUGUUCGUGCAAAGAGCCAUUCAGUUAUUGAUGCUUGCUUUGCAUCUGUAAAAAAGGUUGACAUAUCAACUAUAUGAUGAUAGCUGUGUAUAAUUUGUCAGUUUGGAUAGAUAAGUUGAAUGUCUUACAAUCUUGUUUUACUCAUUGUUGAAAGUGGUAAUGCGUGGCGUUGUAUGGUUAGUCAUGCCUUCAUUGAUAAUAAGUGAUUAGAGCAGUUCCAACAUAGUUUCUUUGCUGAAAAGGUAAUCGUAGUUCAACAAAAAUUUUAAAGUUUAAUCUUGAAUUUUGAAUGCAUGACAAGCAAUUUUGCUAUGAGAUUGGUUUACCGAACUACUUGGAAAGGAUAAGGAUGGCUAAAUGUAUGAAACAUGCAAAAAGACUUGAUUUUCUAUUCUACAACUUAAUUAUUUCUUGAUUCACUUUGUUGAGAUAUUGGAAUCGAAAGCAUGAACAUUGCUUGCAACUCGCGUGUCCAUGUACACCUGCUUGACAUGUGUCAAAAGAAGUUAAAGGUGUCCUGGAAAAAAGAAGAAAAAAAAGUAGACACAAAACGGUCAUAGUGUUACAAAAUAUUUUAUGGGUUGAAACAUUAUUUUAAAGUAAAACAAAAAAAAUUACAAUACAACCAAACCAAACCUUAUUCCACUAAGUAGGGUCGGCUACCUGGAUCAACUCCCACCAUA